GGAAAACAAUUGACGUUUCCGGCGAAGGAAUAAUGUCGACUCUCCGACCUCCUUCAAGGAUUCCGAACUUUUCGUAGUGAACGGCGAAUUAGACAUGGCGUCUCGCGGUGGUGUUCACGUUACGGGCACCGAUGGAAGCGACUUCAACCAUCGGCAAAAAGUGGCCGCCCACUACCAAGUGAGCGCAGUUUACAAGUCGCGGCUAAAGACUUCCAUGCUGCUCCACUUCCUGCUGUCAUUGAUGAUGUGCGCCAAGCUGGUCGAAGACGUCCUCGACCGCCUCGACAUCUUCAUCCUCGAACUGGAGGAGCUGUACAUCCCAAAGCCGCUCCUCUGGGAAUGGAUCUGGCUCUCCAGCAUAGUCCUGGUCCUGCCGGGUCUGACGGCUGUCCGGCGCAACCGCCCCGGCUCCAUGAAGUUCUACGCCGGGGGCACCUUCCUCCUGGGCCUCUGUCCCGUCUUGUUCGCUGCCGUCUACUUCUUCCGGGAGAUGUAUGCCUACGUCCAGCACGGCCACGCGGUCAAGGGCAUCCAGUUGUGGCAGGGGUAUCCCGUCGCGGUCCUCUGGUAUGUCUUCCUGGUGGUCGCCUUCCAGGCCCACCUCUUCUCACUCUACUUCGCCGUCAGACUCAUCCUGGCGUGGCAGCGAGGCGUUGUGGUGAAAAAGGCCAAGUAAGGGUGCCUCGGCAGGCUAACAUCUUUUUAUAUGGCCUGUUCCUUCACCCAAUGUUUCUGGAGAGAGGUCAGGAGUCUGUCUUGGUGCUGCGUGGGGGGUCUUCCUUACGGUUUCCAGGGAGUCGCCGAGACACGAGCUGCUGUAAUCGUUGUUUGAUUUGUGGUCUGUUUGACUCCCUUUUGGGAAAACAUUUCCCCCCUCCGGCUCUCCCGUAACGGGCCCUCAGCCUCCUUUUCAUUGCCCUCUUUUCUGGUGGACACGGUAACAUGCUUGUUUUGUUUUUAAGAGUUUGGCAAAGGUCCGUCCAGUGUACGAAAUACUCUUGAUUGUGUUUCUCGUUUGACGAGGUUCCUUGACCACUUGUGCCUGGUUGAAAGAUGGAGUGUGAAUGGAAAACCAUCUAAACAAAUAAAACAAGUUUCUUUAUUGCUGCGAGAUCUUGACCGUGGUUGCCUAUGUGGAGCGCAAGUUCAUCGGCUUCUUGCACGGGUUGCAUUGAUGUCAGAACGCCGAGCUCUUAUUGGCUGAUUGAAAAAAAUAGUGGGUAGACCUCAAGGCAUCUAGCAUUGAGGCCUACCCACUAUCCUUUUAAUCAAAGCCAUUCGGAGCUUGGCGUCGUUUUGACAUCAAUGCAACUCUUGUGCAAGAAGCAGACAACUUACUCUCUGCAUAGCUAGAGGAAUCUCUCAGCUGGUGCCUUUUAGUUAGAUCCAUCUCUCAAGUAUGGACAUUUUGAAAGGCAUGUUCUCAAUGUGUAAAUGUUGUGAAUAUUGAGAGCUGGCAAAGGGUGUUGUUGCUCAGAUGUUUUCGCUUGUAAUGUGUCUGAAUGAAUUUUAAUCUCUCAUGCAUUGGAUAGCGUAUCAGUCGCGAGGUUGGCCAGUGUCGAAGAAAAAUGUUUGUCCGAGCCAAGCUAAGUCAGGAGGGCAUUAUGUGCUAGGCAAGUACAUUAAGGUCAGUGUCUUUGUAAAGUUGACAUUUCUCUUGGUUUGUGCCUUGCUGCCUUUGUGACUUGUUUGUCACUGGUCCUCACCUUGAACAUGUUUUAUUACUUGUGAAGUCACUGAAUGGUGCUUACAUGGUUGUCGCUCAAAGUGCAAUACUCAUAGGCAAUUUCCCAUUGUGGGCAUGUGCUUGUCGCAAUCCAUGCUGUCUUUUGAACCCUUUGAAGCUUCAGCCUUUGGAAAAGGCUGUAAGGUGUUUGGAUUACUUCCUGAGUUUGGUGUGCUGUAAAUGUUGGGGCUUUGGGGACUUUGCUUUUGUUUUUUUCUUGACAAGUGAGUGCCGUGCAAUGAGGAUGAGACUGUGAAGGGCAGUCUUAAAAUCUGACGAGAGUUUGGGUAGUGGGGUGUUUUCACAUGAAAACAACAUUUCCACCAAACCACUGCCAACUAUUGCAACUGUAACAUGCAAAUUAUAGGGUAUGAAAGAGAUUAAAUUAUUCCAGUUGUUUU